AUGGAGGGACUAUUCACUCUGCUCGCUCUGAGCAUUGUGAUGGCAAUUACAUCCUUUGUCGUCGGCUCAUUACCACUUGCCUUUACGCUCUCCCCUUCUCAGUUACGACUGAUAUCCUCCGUUGGCAUGGGAGUUCUGGUCGGAACGUCCUUGAUCGUGAUUAUCCCAGAAGGAGUGGAGACCUUGUACAGCUCGACUUCGACCGUCUCUCAGAGAGACUUCAGUGCCCGCUCAACGAACGUCGUUCAUUGGCAACACCAAGAAGUUCCCGCCGUCGCUGCUACUGGAAUAGAUACAGCUGCAGAUGAAUCGGAUUUCAUAGGAGCCGGCCUCACACACCGAUCUGUUCCGCGGUCACCUCCGGAGGGCGUCGAAAACACCGUAUAUGUCACGCGGAGCGAACAGUCGAACGUCCGCAAACGUGGAGGGGAAGACUCCAGUGAGAAGAAAGAAGAGCAUGAGCACGAGGAGGGAAGUUCGCCUCAUGCUUGGAUCGGUAUUGCUCUUGUCAGCGGCUUUAUCCUCAUGUAUCUCAUCGAUAAAUUGCCCGAGUUUGUGUCGCCCACCAAACCGCAACGAGCGCCUUACCACAUUUCUCUGGAUAAUCUGAGUUCCGGCUUACGGCGGGAUUCCUCCCCUUCGCGUGAAGGGGGACUUCUGGAUGCCGGCCAUAGCCCUCGAAGCAGUCACAGUUUCGCGACCACCACCGGACUGGUCAUUCACGCCGCCGCGGACGGCAUUGCGCUUGGCGCAUCCAGCUCUGACACCGGGCUGAGUUUCAUCAUCUUCCUCGCUAUCAUGGUGCACAAGGCACCGGCGUCUUUUGGUCUGACUUCGGUCUUGCUCAAGCAGGGCUUGUCCAGUCGUGCUGCAAGGGCUCAUUUGCUGAUCUUUAGCCUGGCCGCACCAGUUGGGGCACUUUUCACUUGGCUUUUUGUUCAGAUUCAGAUCAGGGGAGCUAACUCCCCUGAUAAUGAGUUAGCCACCGGAUGGCGUACCGGAGUACUUUUGUUGUUUUCUGCGGGUACUUUCCUGUAUGUUGCCAUGCACACCAUGCAAGAGAAUAGCCCGAACUCCAGCUCUCGUGAGUUACCGAUCAACGGAUAUGGUGACCCUCGAGAGGUCCCGAUCAAGUCUGAUAAGUCCAUGCGGGACUUGGUUGCUUCCGUGAUUGGCAUGAUCCUGCCGUUGUUUCUGCAGAUUGGUCAUGCUCAUUAG